AUGUCUUACAAGUCUGAACUCGAUCCCCUCCUCCCACAAAACGAACCUGCCCCAGAGAUCCAAGGCUAUGGUGUCUCAAGUAAGAGGACGCCAGGCAAGGUGAACUCAUAUGAGGCCCAGCCAUACGACUGGAAAGAUGGAGAACAGGCCAAUGAUGACGACGAUAGCCAAUCACUACCACUGACGUCGGCUAGAUCUGCCCUCAGCACCAUUGUCUCGAUAUUCACCAUCGUUGUAUUUGUGGGCUUUGUGAUAGCUCUCUUGGGGCCCAGCUUGCAGGACCACAACCCUCUACCAGUUCCCAAAAAACCUCCUCGAACGAUCCCCGAUCGAGUGAGCGCCAUUCUCGAGCGAACUCCAUUGCUUGAUGGACACAAUGAUCUCGCAAUUUACAUUCGAGCAGCAUAUAAGAAUCAGAUAAACUCGGAUAAGUUUCGGGAUGAGUUCGAACAUGGUGGCAUGAGCGGCAAUGUUGACCUCCCGCGGCUAAAACAAGGGCAAGUUGGAGGUGGUUUCUGGAGCGCCUUUGUGGCCUGUCCAGACGAUGCAAGUGACGACUUCUCAGACGAGACCUAUUCCACUGCUGUGGCGCACACGCUCUCUCAGAUCGACCUGGUCCGUCGGUUACAGAGCCACUAUCCUCAGAAUUUUACUCCUGCAACAGCACCACUAUCCGAGGCCCUGUCCAACUUUCAUGCUACCCGUUCCCUGAUCUCCCCAAUCAGCAUUGAAGGAUUACAUCAAAUUCCACAAUCUGCCCCUUUGUCCACUCUCCGUUUGUAUUAUGCUUUGGGUGUCCGCGCUGCCACGCUCACCUGGAAUUGCCACAAUGCUUUUGCCGAUGCGGCCUUGAUUACACAAAGGGGUGAAACAACUGUCGCCCCCUACCAUCGUGGAGGGCUCACACCAGCUGGCAAGGAGGUCAUUCGUGAGAUGAACCGCCUCGGCAUGCUCGUGGAUAUUUCGCAUACCUCAUACUGGACUCAAAAGAGUGUCCUGACCAACAAAACUUCGGCCGCUCCCGUCAUCUUCUCACAUUCGUCUGCUUUCGCACUAUGUCCGCAUCCCCGGAAUGUCCAGGAUGAUAUUCUGGACCUGGUGAAAGAAACCCAAAGCUUGGUGAUGAUCAACUUCGCCCCAGACUUUAUUUCCUGCCUGCCACCUCCCAACUCGAGUGUGCUUCCUGAGUUCUACGAGAAGAACAAUACCUUGCACCAAGUGGCUCGACACAUUGUGUAUGUAGGCGAGAAGAUUGGCUACGAUCACGUCGGUCUGGGAAGUGACUUUGACGGAAUGGGGGAAUUGACACCAAGGGGUCUAGAAGGGGUAGAUAAAUACCCUGACCUGGUCGCUGAGUUGCUAAAAAUGGGGGUCAGCGACAGGGAUGCCGCGAAAGUCGUGGGCGGCAAUCUUCUUCGGGUUUGGAGGACUGCGGAAGGGAUUGCAAAAGGACUACAGAAGAAGACGCAGGAGGGUGAAGAUGAAGUGAGCGGAUGGUAG